CUCCGUCCCGCCCAGCCCCGCCCCGUCCAAUCAGCGCCGGCAGCGGGCGCUCCGUCCCGCCCAGCCCCGCCCCGUCCAAUCAGCGCCGUGCGUUUUGGCGGGAGAAGGGGAAGCGGGCGGAAGUGACGGUGCCGGGCGUGAGGCGAUGGCGGCGGCGGGCGCCAUGUCUGCCGAGCGGCCGCUGCGGCUGCUGGCGCUGCACGGCUACCGGCAGAGCGCCCGCCGCUUCCGACAGCGCACCGGCGCCUUGCGCAAGGCCCUGCGCGGCCGGGCCGAGCUGCUGGCGGUCAGCGCGCCUCACCUCGUGCCCGGCGGCGGGGAGGAGGAGGAGGACACGGACGACCCCCCCCGCGGCUGGUGGUUCUCCGGGCCCGGCGGCUUUGAGGCCGGGGAGGCGGCGGUGGAGCCGGUGGGGCUGGAGGAGUCGCUGGCGGCCGUGGCGGCGGCGCUGGCGGAGCACGGGCCGUUUGACGGGUUGCUGGGCUUCAGCCAGGGCGCGGCGCUGGCCGCCAUGGUGUGCGCCCUGCGAGCCCGCGGCGACCCGCGCUUCCCCGUGGCCUUCGCCAUCCUGGUGGCCGGCUUUGCCAGCCGCGCCCCGGCACACGGACACUUCUACCGGGAGCCCAUCGCCCUGCCCACGCUGCACGUCGUGGGCGAUGCUGACGGCGUCAUCGCUCCCACCCUCAGCAGGGAGCUGGCCCAGAGCUUCCUGGAGCCCGUUAUCCUCUCCCACCCCGGGGGACACUUCGUGCCGGCGGCUGCACCGCAGAAGAAAGCCUACCUGGACUUCUUGGACCGCUUCCAACCCGGACAGGAACCGGCUGAGUCCCGGGGGACUGAGGAGGUUUGAUAACCGUGUGUAAUAAAUGAGGCUCCAGCGAGCCACACGCAGGCUGUGUGGGGCAGCCCUGUGUCUGUGCUCUCUGGAGGGGCCAAAGAGUCCUCAGCAGCUCAGCGCAGCAUUAAUGAGAGGCCAGGCUGAGUGGGUCUGUGUCAUCUCUUUGUUAUCAGGGCUAUCAAGAUGCUGAGGGGACUGGAACAUCUUUCUUAUGAGGAAAGGCUGUGGGACUUGAGCCUGUUUAAGCUGGAGAAGACUAAGGGAAGACCUCAUUAACACCUUCCAAGUACCCAGAGGGUGGGUGUCAGGGGGAUGGGGUGACACAUUUUUCUGUGGUGCCCAGAGACAGGACAAGCGGUAAUGGACAGGAGCUGGAACACAAAUAGUUCCACUGGAACACAAGGAGAAGCUCCUUUGGUGCUGAGGUGAGGGAGCCCUGGCCCAGGCUGCCCAGGGAGGGUGUGGAGGCUCCUCAGGAGGUUUCCAAACCCCCUUGCACACGUUCCUGUGCCCCCUGAGUGAGGGGAACCUGCUUUAGCAGGGGCUUGGGCUGGAGGAGCUCUGGAGGUUCUUUGCAACACCCACCAGUCUGGGAUCUCACUGGUCUGUUUUUCCAGCUCUGGUGCAUCCAUGAGCAUGGGAGGGGUGAGUACAGGAGCGUGACACUGCUCUGUGCUUGUGGAGUGCUUUCAGAGGCUCCAGUGCCUGUUCAGGUUUGGGGUCCCUCAGCUCAGACAAAGGAAACAUCAGCAGAGCACACACAGCUUGUUACACCCCAAAAGCCCGUGGGGUUUAAUAGCCUUGGUGAAAGAUGCUAAGCCAACCUUGCAGCUGGGCUGGGUCUAGAGCCUCCUCUGAUCCCUGGCAGUGCCAGGGCUGGUGUUUGCCUCAGGAGUGAGGUGUCUGCUGGUUCAGUCAGUGUCUGUUGGGAGACUCCUGUAUCUUCCUCUGUACAAAGUGCCUUCAGAAACAAGAAAAACUUGUCACUA